UGGAAUAUGUUAUGAACUAGAAGCUCUCCGUGUCUGCCUUCAAUACAGGGGAGGAGAUUUUUCCUUCCCACAAUCAUGGCGAUGUUAACUCUCUCAGCCGACUAGUGGCACAAAGGAAAACUGCCGCCUGGGUCUGCAUUGGCGAAGGCAGAAAGCUGCAGUUACGGGCAUUUCCCUGUGACAGGGAGAGCCGGGAGAGCUGGGUGCGGAAAAGCACCCCAGAGAGCAGUUGGUGGUGACAUGCCUCUGUUUUUAUCCAGAUAUGCUAGGAGCAUGUUUAUUCACUGUGGUGCCUCUGCUGCGAUAAGACCCUCUUCCUUCAGAUGCCCUAGACCACCGUUUGUUUAGCUGGAGAACUUAAUGAGUAAUGGAUGUGCUUGGCUGGCUGAUAGAAAGUAUUUCCACAGCCUGCGGCUGUGUUUAUAGAGAGCCAGAGAGAGACCACAGGCAGCAAUUUGUCUUCUUAGGUAUCAGCAAAGUCUUCUCUUUUAACAACUAGGGGAUUUAUUUUUAACUGCUUGAGUCAGUGUUUGUCAGAUGAUGCAGACCAUCAAACUGCAGAUUGAAGUCCCGGGUGCGGGGGAGGCUGGAAUGGCAAGGGAAAGGGGGCUGGCUGAGAAAAGGGGUGGGAUUUCAGCAUCGUGCCUCCGUGGCUCUGCCUCCCAACGUGGGAGAGAGUUUCGGGCUUCCAGCAGCAGGAGUGGAUUUGCAGGUCAAGCUGGGAACGAAAGGGUAACGGUUGCCUUCAGCUGCUUAAAGAUACAACUGCCCAGGGAUCGGGGUAUUGUGAGGAGGUGGCCGGCGGCCGGCACCCGGCAGGGACCAAAGGAUUCCCAGUGCCGGCCUCUGCUGGUCGGCAGAUUGAGCGUUUCCUCUGCUGGAUGCUGCCUGUCUCCAGGAGCCUCUCACCAUGAUCGAUAGCUCCAAGAAGCAGCAACAGGGCUUCCCGGAGAUUUUAACUGCUGGCGAUUUCGAGCCACUCAAAGAAAAGGAAUGCCUUGAAGGGAGCCACCAGAAAAGUCUCAAGGAAGUGCUCCAGCUGAGGCUGCAACAAAGGAGGACGAGAGAACAACUAGUGGACCAGGGCAUCAUGCCACCUCUGAAGAGCCCCGCGGCAUUCCAUGAGCAGAUAAAAAGCUUGGAACGAGCCAGAACCGAAAACUUUUUGAAGCACAAGAUUCGGAGUCGACCAGAUCGUUCUGAACUUGUCAGGAUGCACAUUUUAGAAGAAACAUUUGCAGAGCCGUCCUUGCAGGCUACUCAGAUGAAGUUGAAAAGAGCUCGACUAGCUGAUGAUCUGAAUGAAAAGAUUGCUCAAAGACCUGGUCCUAUGGAGCUGGUAGAGAAAAACAUCCUUCCUGUAGACUCCAGUGUUAAGGAAGCAAUUAUAGGAGUUGGGAAAGAGGACUAUCCCCAAACUCAGGGCGAUUUCUCAUUUGACGAAGACAGCAGUGAUGCUUUGUCUCCGGACCAGCCAGCCAGUCAGGAGUCACAGGGGUCAGCCGCGUCCCCAAGUGAGCCAAAAGUUAGUGAAUCGCCAUCUCCUGUGACUACAAACACUCCAGCCCAGUUUACUCCAGUGUCCCCAGCAGUUCCUGAAUUCUUGAAAACUCCUACUGCGGAUCAGCCUCCCCCACGGUCCACAGCACCCGUCCUCCCCCCAAGCACCACGUCCUCAGCAAAGCCCGGGCCAGCACUGGUGAAGCAAAGCCAUCCCAAGAAUCCGAAUGACAAACACCGUAGCAAAAAGUGCAAAGAUCCCAAGCCCCGGGUGAAGAAGCUGAAGUACCACCAGUACAUUCCGCCGGAUCAGAAGGGGGAGAGGAAUGAGCCGCAGAUGGACUCCAACUACGCCCGGCUGCUCCAGCAGCAGCAGCUCUUCCUGCAGCUGCAGAUCCUGAGCCAGCAGCAGCAGCACUACAACUACCAGACCAUCCUGCCCGCGCCGCUCAAGCCACUCAAUGACAAGAACAGCAGCAGUGGGAAUCCAGCUUUGAACACUACCACAUCUAACACACCAAGACAGAAUACACCUGCUCCUGUGAGAAAGCCAGGACCUCUGCCAUCAAGCUUGGAUGACCUAAAGGUAUCAGAGCUGAAGACAGAGCUGAAGUUAAGGGGUCUCCCCGUGUCAGGCACCAAACUGGACCUCAUUGAACGCCUGAAACCCUACCAGGAAGUGAACAGCGGCGGCCCUGCUGCCAGUGGCAUCAUAGCUGUGCCCACACCCGCCGUCGUCCCCAGCAACCCCGAAGUCACGGUGGCCCUGCCCGUGACAACACUACAGAACUCUGUGACCAGCUCAGGCUCCACUUUCAAGGCCGAGCUGCCCCCCGCUGGCAGCAGCAGCGCGGCACACGUGGACAGUGGUAGCUCCCCGCUGCCCAUCUCACCCGCGCCUUCCGAACAGUCCAGCCUCAGUGCUGAGGACACGAGCAUGGCCGACACGUUCACCGAGAUCAUGACCAUGAUGUCCCCGUCGCAGUUCCUGUGCUCGUCUCCCCUGCGGGCGACCAGCACCGAGGACAGCCUCAGCCCCACCAGCAGUACGCUGUCCACCCUGGAGCUGGACGCGGCCGAGAAGGACCGCAAGCUCCAGGAGAAGGAGAAGCAGAUCGAGGAGCUGAAGCGGAAACUGGAACAGGAGCAGAAGCUCGUGGAAGUUCUGAAGAUGCAGCUGGAGGUGGAGAAGCGAGGGCAGCAGCAGCAGCGGCCCCUGGAGCCCCCGCCCCCGGCCAGCGCCCCGGCCCCAUCAGUCUCCAAGGCCGACCCGACGCGGGCCACCACCGCUUCCACCACCAAGGACGAGGCCCCACUCCCCGACGGCCCUGGCCCAGUGGCCGGCCAGACCCUUGUUGCCAAAAAGGCCGUAGUCAUCAAGCAAGAGGUGCCUGUGGCCCCGGCCGAGCCACCAAGCCUUGUCCCACAGUUUUAUGUGAGUUCCCAGGGCCAGCCGCCCGCCGGGGUCGCUCAGCCGCAGGCUUUACUGACCACGCAAACUGCACAGCUGCUGCUCCCCGUGUCCAUCCAGGGCUCCGGUGUGACCUCAGUGCAGCUCCCCGUAGGCAGCCUCCAACUCCAGACUCCACCACAAACAGGAAUCCAGACGCAGCCUCAGAUAGCAACCGCCACCUUGUCCUCGGGCCUGGCCCAGGCUGCACCUCAGAAACAAGACGCUUUCCCAGCACACGUGCUCAGUCAGCCUCAGCAAGUCAGAAAGGUUUUCACCAGCUCGGCAUCCAGUACAGUUCUGCCCUAUCAGAGACCACCUGCUCCAGCGGUGCAGCAGCCCUUUAUCAACAAGGCAAACAACAGCGUCCUUCAGCCCCGAAGCACCCCGCUGCCCUCCCUGCAGAACGGCCCCAGCCCUCCCAACAAGCCUGGCUCGCCCCCUCCGCCCCAGCAGUUUGUGGUCCAGCACUCUCUGUUUGGGAGUCCAGUCCCCAAGACGAAAGACCCUCCCCGCUAUGAGGAAGCCAUCAAGCAGACGCGCAGCGCCCAAUCUUCCCUUCCAGAGAUUUCCAAUGCACACAGUCAGCAGAUGGAUGACCUCUUUGACAUCCUCAUUAAAAGCGGAGAGAUUUCCCUCCCUAUAAAAGAAGAACCUUCUCCUAUCUCCAAAAUGAGACCAGUGACAGCUAGCAUCACCACAAUGCCGGUCAGCACGGUGGUGUCCCGGCCACCACCGCAGGUCCAAAUGGCACCACCCAUAUCCUUAGAACCUAUGAGCAGUCUAUCUGCCAGCUUAGAGAACCAACUCGAAGCCUUCCUGGAUGGAACCCUACCUUCAGCUAAUGAAGUCACUCCCCUGCAAAGCGGCAGCGAGGACAGAGAGCCCUUCUCCCUGAUCGAGGACCUCCAGAACGACCUGCUGAGCCACUCGGGCGUGCUGGACCCCUCGCACUCGCCCAUGGAAACGGCCGAGGCCCAGUUUGCUGCAAGCACGCCCUGCCUGUCCCUUGACCUCUCUGACUCGAACUUGGACAACAUGGAGUGGUUGGACAUUACCAUGCCCGGCACGUCAUCAGGACUCACACCGCUCAGCGCCACCACUCCCAGCAUGUUCUCUGCCGACUUCCUAGACCCACAGGACCUGCCGCUGCCGUGGGACUAACAGCACAGAUUUCUCGUCUCAGAGUUCAUGAGGUUUGAAAAAGACGACGAUGUUUCGAAAAGGUCAGAUUUUAGAGACAGAUCCAGAGUUGCAUCAUUGCAAUUAUAAUAUGUUGUCACAGAAAGAUGGGUUGGACGGUCAGAGGCUGGAAACCAAGUUUGAAAACAUUUCAUUGCAUCUAGCAGUGAAUGCCUGUGAUUUAAUAUAGAACAGAGCCUUCUGAAAAAAACACUACUCCAAGAAGACUCAUCUGUUUCUCCAGACUUCAGUAAAGAACGAAAGGUACCUUUAGAUUAAAAAUGCGAAGAAGAGUAAGGUAUGCAGGGUGGCAACACAAGGGCCUCUGGUCAUCAGCUACAGUUAAACCUCUGUGGUCACUUUAAGACCUUAAAUAAAAGGCAGACAGCUCCACUCAAAAAGAAAGGAGGUGAGCGAUCACUGCACAGGGCAUCUCCUAGAAAUGGCCUGAGCCCAGCCCAAGAUGCAGCCAGGGUCUAGGGCAGUGGCCAGCACCAGCCAGUUCAGUGACAGCUUCCCGCUGAAGACUUUUGGUUCCAUUCAGAAACCAAUGUAAUUUUUUUGUCUGUUCUAGUUUAUUUUGUGAUUUGGGGGAAUCUUACUUCAGAUCUCCAGAUUUAAAUUGAAAUGGGAGAUCUUUCACCAUAACCAGACAAUGUCUACAAAAUACUGUCGUAAACAAUCCACUCUAAGAAGUCGAGGUGUGUUGAUAACACUGAAAAGUCUA